AUGAUCAGAAAUACAGCCAGAAUAUAUCCAGGCCCAAAUGAAAUGAUUUUCUCACUAGCUCGAUGGAUUCAUCACAACAUCAAACUAAACCUCGAAAUAAAAAGCAAUGAGAUAGAGCACAACGAAUAUUUCUUCAAUGAUAUAAUUAAUGCCAGCUACACAGCUUGUAAAGCUGACGAUGCAACUCCUGCUGUCGAUAUCCAAAACUUUCUUACUCCCCCCCCUCCGUGAGUGAACAAAACCAUUAGAAAAAUCCCUAUUUUUGCCCAAAAACCCACCCUCUGUGAGUGAACAAAAAUUUUUUAUGGAAAAAAAUUUGAUAUAUAAGUGAUAAUUAGUAUAUUAAAUCUAAAGCUAAUUCUGUUUAAUUUUAAACGAAUUGCUUUUUAAAACUUAAAUUUUAUUAAUUAAAUUAAUAUUUGCUUUCCAAUUUUCGCGAAUUAGGAUUUUUUUAAAUUUCGAGAAAAAAAAAAAAUUAACCCCCCCUCCGUGAGUGAACAAAAUUUUGUUCACUCACGAAGGGGGGGAGUUAGUAAUUUGCAUAGUUUAAUUAGCUUAAAAACAGAAGAGCUUAUAAUAGCAAAGAUAUUUCUAGAAAGAUUUCACAAAAACUCAAAUAUCCCGAUUUUUAAUAAAAAUUGGAAAGAAAUAACUGCAAUAAGCAUCCUGAACGCACUGAAGGUCGCUCACCAUGAGCAUUUAACUAAUUCGCAAUUUGCUUUAGCUAUUCCUACAUUUAGUAUAGGGGCGAUUCAUUUUAUGGACAUUUCGUUUGAGGGGUUGAUUGAGGGUGAUUUUGAAAUAAAUUUCAGAUCUUAUAAGGAGUCAUUUGACUGCCUAGCAAAUAUUUAUAAGUCGAAACAUCAAGAGGAGCUAAUUUUUUGUCAAGAAAAGGUUGAUGGGAUUAUCAGAAGAUCACAAUGGCUUCAUGAAAUAAGCAAUGAUAUAAUCUAAACUUGAUUUUGGUUUGGACUUUUGAUCUUUUCAUAUGGGAAAAAAGGGAAGUUGGUUCAACAAGAUUGUAUUAUUUUCAGUUAACUCCCAAAAUGACAGAGCCGCUUGAUGCGGGUUAUCUGCUAGGGCAUUUGGCCUGAUUAGCAUAGCUUGGUAGAGAAAAAAAUAUUUUUUCCAGUGGGAAAGGAUAAAUAAAAAUGGCGGCAUGGUCAACCUGGCCUCUUGGCAUAAAAGUUCAGACCUUAAGGCCACAGUGACUGGCUCAGACUUCACGCCGAGAAGAAAGUGCAGCCUCAGCAAAUGUAUAUCCAGGUAGAUUUUGACUGCUUUCCUGUGGCCGGAAAUGGGUGUUCAGCAAUCCUUGGGCAUCCUCUACGGGAAAGCUGGAGGUUCAGCCCGGAUCGUAGGGGAAUAGUUUUUUCCCUGUAGUUUGCAAAGAAAGGAAAAUCUGGCGCACGAUAGACUUCAAGAAGUUAAUCCAUGUAGUCAAGCUAAUUCCAAUUGCCCGUUGUAAUGCCACACUCAAGACUGAAACCUCAAAGCAAGGAGGAGAUUAAUCUUCGUCUGCGCCAAGAUCUAUGGGCAGUUUAUCGCAAAGCGUAAGAGCUUCCUGUAGAGAUCUUUGGUGGCUGCUUCAUCAAUUUUGCUAGCACUUGUUUCAAUAAUCCUAAUCUUAAUCCAGUUGGGAAGAUAGGGAGCCUAAGCCAAAGAUCGAACUCGGGCUAUAGCUAUGAGGAGAUACAUAUUUCACCAGCUCUUGAAAAUAUUCAUAUAGACGAGUAA